UUUUUUUAGAAUUGAGAAAUACAUAUAAUAUCUUAUCCGCGCGUAGCGCGGUUAAAAAAUCUAGUAAGAUAUAAUGGUUUUCUGUCAGAAAUUAUCAAAUUUUAACAAUAUUUUUUUUGACAUUAAACAUUUAUUAAAUUUUAAUCUCUCAUCCGAGUUGUUACCACUGUACUGACAUCUACGGUCUGGAAUCGCACGCACUAGAAAAGAUUUCGUAAAGCCACGUAGGAUCAAAAAUUUAUAGAAUACUACGUGUCAAGGGGGCCACUCGUAGCAGAAGAUCUUUUAUAACAAAUACUUGACCACCACGUGUCAGUAUCCUUUGACCCACGAGGUCGGUGAUACAAAUUGGUUAUUUCCGGUCCGGUUCAACUAUUAAUCAAAUUAAAAUCAAAAGAUCAUUUUAAAGUUUGAAAAAAAAGGUGCGAACUUGGAGUUUCUUGGUUUUGGGAACUGGGAUUGGUGCGAGUGCGAGUGCGAGUCGGAGUCGGAGUCGGAGUCUACGUGAUCGAAAGUUUGUAGGUUUUGAUUACAGUUCGAUUUUGAAAGUUUGUUCCUUUAGGUAAGUUCACCAUCCUUUUGAGAUGCUCGUUGAUGCUGAUGAAGCUACGUCAAGUUUGCUCCUUUCCGUCUUCUUUAACCGUUUCUUGAUGGGUGAUUACUGAUUAGAAGAGUGCUUAGGAGGAUCCAUUUGGUUUUGUGAUUGGCUAAGAUGAUUCUGUUUGUUAGUUCAGUUCCGAUGGGGGAAAACAAUUAUUACCAUGUGGAUAAGAAGAAGAAGCCCAAGUUAGAAGAAGUUGAGCAAGACGACAUGCUGCACUACAAUCAGUAUCAGGACCCACCCACGGGGGGACAAGAUGUGCAGUUGCAAGCUUGGAGGAGGCAACAGAACCAGUUUCUUCAAUCUCAGAGACCCCGCCAUCUUCCACAACAGCAGUACAUCCAGCACCAGGGCCCCACCGUAAGGAAUCCGCAGUUGCAAGCUUUGCUUCACCGGUACAGGCUGAGGCAACACCAGCAGACGCUUCAACUCCAACUUCAGCAACAGCAGCAGCUGAGACGGCUACUACUGCAACAACAGAUCCCUCCUAAUGUAUGUCCUUUUGGAGGUGGUAUGUGCGCUCAUCGGAAAUUUAUGAUGUUCUUGCAUCACAUAAAGCAACGACCUGAGGAUAAUUGCAUUACCUUUUGGAGGGCAUUCGUGGCUGAAUACUUCUCACCUCGUGCAAAGCAAAGGUUGUGCUUUUCACAGUACAAAGGUGCUGACCACAUGCUUGGCACCUUACCACAGGGUAUGUGGCAGUGUAAUCACUGCGGCACCAAGUCUGGAAAAGGAGUUGAGGCAACUUUCGAUGUGCUUCCCAGACUAUUUGAAAUCAAAUUUGCUAGUGGCUUCGUUAACGAGCUCUUAUCUCUGGAAGAUCCACGAGAAUGCAGAGUUUCCAGUGGACUGAUUGUAUUAAAAUAUAGAAAACUAGUUCAGACAAUUGAAUAUGAGCAGUGUCGUGUUGUUCAUGAGGGCCCUUUUCUGAUCAUAUUCUCUCAAGAUUUAAAGAUCCUGCGUUGGGAGUUUUGUGUUCAGCGUCAUGAAGAGUUUCUUCCCCGCAGACUUAUUGCUCCCAAGGUGAACCAGUUGCUUCAGGUUGUUGCUCAGCAGGAUUUACAAACAAAUAGUAACAUGGUCUUGGCGGCAAGAAGGCAGCUGGCAAAUUCCAUGGAAUUACAGCCUCUGAAUGAUCUUGGCUAUCCGAAAAAAUAUUUCAGAGCUCUACAGACAUAUGAAGUUGUCAAGAGCAUGAAGGCUCUGAUGGAUUUCACAGAGAACCACAAAAUUGGCCCUAUCGAGGGGUGGAAACGACUUUCGGAACAGACAGAGAGAAUGAGGCUCCAGAGACAGAAAAUGCAAGAGAUGGAGCACUUAUGGAAUAGUGGAGCUAUGAAUAGGUCAGCUCAAGCUCAGAUGGACGGCCUAACUGGCUACAACAAUCACCAUCAUAGCUCAGCUCAAGCCGCUGCUGCUCUGACCAACAACCAAAGCAUGCUUAUGAGGCUAAAUGCUGUGAAUAACCAAUACUCAGAUACGAGCAUACAAGAGGGGUUCUCGUCGAGUCAGCAUCCAACCCCAAACUCAAACCAGGGUCAUCAGAGGCAGAACUUAGCAACAGGUGGAUUUCUCAGCUCUCCCCAGAUGCAACAGCAGCAGCAGCGCACUCUCAACACGUUUCAGCAGACACAUUUUCCAGAAGAUGCCACAGAAAUACCUGUCGAAUUCUCAGACGACAACUUCAACGACAGUGAUAAGCAGGGUAGCUUGUAGAACAGAACAGAGGCGUUGCUACUUUGACUUUAACAAAGUGAAAGGAGGUUUUAGGCUUUAUUCUUCUCAUUUAGGUUGGUUUGUUGGUCUUUGUAUAGAAACCAAAAGGGUUAUGAGACCAGUGAAGGAAGUUGUAACCUACAUAUAGGCACUUUAUCUUCAUUCUUUCCCCUUCUAGUGACACUGAUGUAAUCUCAAACUACACCAGUUGUGUAUAUAUAUUCAUCA